AUGGAUUCUGAGCUUGGAAGCAAUCUACGAAGACGUAGGCCAGAUUAUGACUUAUCGCAAGAGGACGCGACGUCACGUCUAACACCCGUGAUUCAACCUUUUGCGGGUCGGGUUGGCGGCAAUCAAGGCCUGGUGCUUGACCGAAGCAAUCCCGAAAAUGCAGAGCUACUCAAAAAAGUGCCCGAUGCGGCCCCACUAAUGACCUUGAGUGAGGGAUUCGACCUUCGUGGACUCUGGGAUAUCGAUCUUUGGAGAUUCGGCUUCAUUGAAUGUAUAGGUAAGAAAUCUAGUUAA